AUGGCCCUGACGGAACAAACAGCCCCGCCCCAGGCUUGGGGUCGCUGGCAGCAGCAGCCUACCGGCCAUGACUACGCAAUGAUGGAUAACACAACCUUCGUGCAAUACGACUCAAGAGCGGCAACUUCUCCCCCCAUGAAUGGUGCCAUCAUGGCACCCCAGUAUAUGGUUGGAUCCCAGUACGGCGUUCCAUCUAUGCCCGCGAUGGGCCACCACUGCCCGACCCAGAACCACUUCGCGUAUGCCCAGUACGACUCAUCUCCGGCGAACAUGAACAUACCCUUCAGACUCCCGGCGCAGCAAGAACGACCAAUCAUGCCCGUGGCAGCUCCCGAAUAUGAGGUCCCGCGCGCCAGCUCUUAUCCUCAGGAGUCGCCGUCAGGGCAGAACGACCGACAACACAGCCCUUCCACCCGAAGCGAGACAAAGAUGAGCAACCCGAAGACACCCCAUCCCCUCAACACCAAGGAGAUCAAGUUCAACAAGCCCACGAGUGCGGACCCGGUGAAUUUCACCACCGCAAUCGAUACCCUUAUGAAGGCGAUUCAGAAAAGGCACGACACUGAGGACAUCGUCAAGGGCGUCCCAGAGACCGAAAAGGUCGUCAAGCCGGAGCCCAGAUCUCCCAAGGCUGAGCCGGCUCCAACUGUGUCGGCGCCUACGCCCUCUACCACAACGGAGGCGUCGGAUGCCCCGAAGGCCAAGCGAUAUGUCUGUGAUAUUGAUGGUUGCGGCAAGAGCUUUUAUCAAAGCACCCAUCUGGACACGCAUAAGCGCGCCCAUACCGGAGAAAAGCCAUACCAAUGCAACUGGCCGCACUGCGAACGAACUUUCUCGCAACCCGGUAACCUCAAGACUCAUAUGCGCCGCCACACUGGCGAGAAGCCCUUCCGAUGUGAGCAAUGCAGCAAAGUCUUUGCUCAGCGGGGUAACCUUCAGACGCACAUGGCGACGCACACCAACGCAAAGCCUUUCGUCUGCAAGCUCGAUCAGUGCAACAAGAUGUUCACCCAGAGAGGCAACCUCAAGAACCAUCAGAACAAGUACCAUGAGAAGACCCUCAUGGAAAUGACCGACUGGAUUGUCUCCAUUUCCGAUAUCGAUGGCUUGUCCGACGACCAACGAGAGAUGUACUGGUACUUUGCCAACCUUUAUAAGAACAGCAACAAGGGCAUCAAGGGCCGCGGCAAGGAUCGCAGGGUCAGCAACCGUGUCUCGAAAUCCAGGACUGCUCCCUCAUCCUAUCCCGUCAAGCGCGUCCCGAAUCCUGCUAGCCUGGCAGCCUAUAGCUCGAAGAGACUGCCUCCCCCAGAGCAGUACAUGCAGCAUCACCAGCACAGUUACGAGGUUUAUGAUACGGACAUGGACCAAUCCUCGAGCGCGAGCAGUCCCAGAUACGACGGCCUCCCUGCUUCUUACCGAGACCGCAUGUACCACCAGUCCAGCCACGCCAUCUACUAG